AUGGCACACAGUGAAACAUCUCCUAUGGAAGGUUCUAAGAGGAUCCUUGAAGAAUACCACAUAAACGAAGUUGUGGGCUUUGCUCUGCCACAUCCACUGGAGGAACUGCCACCUGCGUUCGAUGGCUGGAUUCGCAUUGCUAGAAGUCUUCCUAAACUGAUCGAGAAUGGGCAACUUAGAGAAGAAGUUGAGAAGCUCCCAACACUCAGCGUUGACGAGCUGAAAGGGCACAGGUUGCAGCGCCUGGCACAUUUGGCUCUGGGGUACAUCACCAUGGCAUAUGUGUGGAACCGAGGAGAUGGUGAUAUUCGAAAGGUGCUGCCCAGGAAUAUCGCUGUUCCCUACUGCCAACUCUCAGACAAGCUGGGGCUGCCUCCGAUUCUGUCCUAUGCAGACUGCGUCCUGGCAAAUUGGAAGAAGAAGGACCCCAAUGGGCCCAUGACAUACGAGAACAUGGACAUUCUGUUCUCCUUUCCUGGUGGAGACUGUGGCAAGGGCUUCUUCCUCGUCUCUCUGUUGGUGGAAAUCGCGGCUUCUUCUGCCAUCCAAGCAGUCCCCACUGUAUGCAGUGCAGUACAGCAUCAAGACCAGAAAGCACUGGAAAAGGCAUUUGGAGAUAUAGCUAAGAGUCUGGAUGACGCCAAGACAUAUUUCCAGAGGAUGCGCGAUUUUGUGGAUCCAAACCAGUUUUUCAAUGUUCUGCGCAUAUAUUUGUCUGGCUGGAAAAACAACCCCAAGCUGCCAGAGGGUCUGCUGUAUGAGGGGGUCUGGGACACCCCAAAAAUGUAUUCAGGGGGCAGCGCAGGCCAGAGCAGCAUCUUUCAGUGCCUCGACAUCCUUCUGGGAAUAAAGCAUGAAGAAGGAUCUCCCGCAGAAUUCCUCCAGGAGAUGAGAGAGUACAUGCCUCCAGCCCACCGCAGCUUCCUUCGCUCCUUAGAGUCAGGUCCCUCAGUCCAUGACUUUGUCAAGUCAAGAGGCAAUGAAGACGUGCAGAAAGCAUAUAAUAAAUGUGUGAACGGCCUGCUCUCUCUGAGAACAUUCCACCUCGGUAUAGUAAAAACAUACAUUAUUGAUCCUUCGAAGAAGCAACAUGGAGGUGGCUCCAAGUCGGAGGAACCCUCAGAAAACAGAGGGACUGGGGGUACUGACCUCAUGAGUUUUCUGAAGAGUGUGAAGGACGCAACCAAGGAAGCCCUUCUCUGAACAGCGCUUAGUGUAGCAAGAUUGCAUUUGAUUAGUGCAUAGAGAUCUGCGUAUGCCCUGCCAUAGCUCAUUAGAUCAGUUCCAGUGAGGACGAGUACAGAAUGAUUUACCAAGAAGGCACUGUAGGGAUUUCAAAAUCAUCUCUACAUCUCCCUGUAGAAGAAUAGCAAAAGCGAAUUAUUUAAUAAUAUUUUAAAAUGAUCUAAGAAAUAUUACAAAUUAUAUUGUUGA